CCCCUGUACCCACCAUCUCCACAAAAAGGCUCCACAGAGGAGGAAGGAUUUGUUAAUGGCUUCCUGACAGGCUGGUUACCGGACAUGGUGACCUUUGAGGAUGUGUCUGUAGAGUUUACCCAGGAAGAGUGGGCAUUGCUGGACCCUUCUCAAAAAACACUGUACAGAGAUGUGAUGCUGGAGAACUGCAGGAACCUGGCGUCGCUUGGGUAUCAUGUUGAUAAACUCAGCCUAAUCUCUCAGUUGGAGCAAGAAGACAAAGUGAUGACAGAGGGGAGAGGAAUUCUCCCAGACAUUUGUUCAGAUUUGGAGACUAUACUUAAAGCCAAAUGGUUAACUCCUAAGAAGCAUGUUUUUAGAAAAAAACGUUCUGGUGGUGUAAAAGCGGAAAGAAAUCAUGGUGGAGUGAAACUCAAUGAAUGUAAUCAGUGUUUUAAAGUUUUCAGCACAAAAUCUAACCUUACUCAGCACAAGAGAAUUCAUACUGGAGAAAAACCCUAUGACUGUAAUCAAUGUGGAAAAUCCUUCAGCAGUAGAUCUUAUCUUACCAUUCACAAGAGAAUACAUAAUGGGGAGAAACCCUAUGAAUGCAAUGACUGCGGGAAAGCCUUCAAUGAUCCUUCAUCCUUGAGACUGCAUGUAAGAAUUCAUACUGGAGAAAAACCUUAUGAAUGUAACCAGUGUUUUCAUGUUUUCCGUACUAGUUGUAACCUCAAAAGCCACAAGAGAAUUCAUACGAGAGAGAAUCAUCAUGAAUGUAAUCAGUGUGGAAAGGCCUUCAGCACGAGGUCCUCCCUUACUGGGCACAAUAGUAUCCAUACGGGGGAGAAACCUUACGAGUGCCAUGAUUGUGGGAAAACCUUUAGGAAGAGCUCAUACCUGACACAGCACAUGAGAACUCAUACUGGAGAAAAACCCUACAUGUGUAAUCAGUGUGGCAAAUCCUUCAGCAGUAGCUUUUCUCUUACUGUGCACAGGAGAAUUCAUACUGGGGAGAAGCCCUAUGAAUGCAGUAACUGUGGGAAAGCUUUUAAUAAUCUCUCAGCUGUUAAGAAACAUGUGAGAACUCACACUGGAGAAAAACCCUAUGAAUGUAAUCAUUGUGGAAAAUCUUUCACCACUAACUCUUACCUUUCUGUGCAUAAGAGAAUACAUAAUAGGUGGAUUUGAAUACAAUAACUGGGAAAGCAUUCAUCCCUCAGACAGCUUGGGGUAACUCAUUCUAGGUGUAUGAGUUAUCUGUUGCCUCCUAACAAAUUUUCCUCCAAAAGAUAGUGGCUUCAAACAACAGACAUUUAUUAUCUCACAAUUUCUGUAGGUCAGAAGUUCAUAAAUGGCUUAAUUUUGUAGUUCUGGCUCAGGAUCUCUCAUGAAGGCUCAGUCAAGGUUGUCAGCAGGGGCUACAAUUAUCUGCAUUUUUACUGCUGAAGAGCUUGUUUCCAAAAUGCCUUGCUCACAUGCCUGGAAAAUUAGUGCUGGAUGUUGGCAAGGAACCUUCAUUUCCUUACCAUAUAGAACUCUCCAUAGUAUCUAAGUAUCUUUAUGAUAUAGCGGCAGGUUCCCUCCAGAGCAUUUUAUCUAAAGGAGAGGUAAUGCUGAAGCCAUGUUGUCUUUUAGGGCCUAGCCUUGGAAGGAUAUAGUAUUACUUCCAUAUUGUGUUGAACAUACAGACCAGUCCUGAUACACUGUGGAAGGAGACUAUACAGGAAUGUGUAGCAUGAGAGAGAGGUCACUGGGAACCAUCUGAGAAGCUUGCCGUGAAAUCAAUGAAGAAAGGCCUUCAGCCUUUCAAUCUAUUUGAUAUGAAGUAUCAUUUAGUAACUCUUAUGUUAAUUCACUCUGGAGAAAAACCUCAUGAGUGCAGUCCUUACCAGCUUUCAGCUUAAAAUCACCUUAAUGUGUGCAAAACGUGCUGGGCAAAAUCCCGAGGAAUGUGGUGGUUAUAGGAAGGCCUUAAGUGAUACCUCUGCAGAGUCAUGUACAAUUCACACUAAGGGUAAAACCUUGUAAGUAUCAGGAUGCGGAAAACUUGAGGAACACUCAUCCCUUAGAACACACAUGGUAAACCACUGCAGGCAAACAUACAAGGAAUGUAAAAACCCUAUAGCACAAACAUUUUGUAUUACUCAGCAAAAGUUGGUGAGCUAUUCUGAAUGUGAUGGAAAAAGCUUAACGUCCUCUCAAUUUUUGAGAGAUGUAAGGAUUUAUCCUGGAGAGGAAAACCUAUUAAAUGUCAUCAGUACUAGAAAGUCUUUCAUUUUUCCCAUUCUUAGGAAACUGAGAACUCACUUCAAAGAAGUCUAUGAAUAUAAAGAUUGAGGGAACGCCUCUAUUAAUAGCUUUUACAUUAGGAAAAACAUGAAAUUCUCCCUGGAUGCAAACCUGUCAGUGUAUUAAUUUUGGAAGAUUUUUCUGUGAUGCCUGUCUUUGUUGACCUGUGAGAGCUCACACUAGAGGGAGACCCUAGGAACGUAAUCAGUACAGCAAUGCCUCAGCCUCACUUCUGCACCGAGUAGCCACUAAAUAAUUUCAACUGGGAAUGGAAUAUGUAAACCU